CGCAGUCCUUCACUUCCUCACUCCAAAUCUGACGCGCGCGACAUUAACAGCCGACCCACCGUCCUCAAAACAAAUGUAAACAAAAAAACCAGUGAAGUAAAACUGAAGUCACACACUUUGGUGUCUAUCUCUGCAGAUCUCCAUUAAUCAACUAUCUGACCGGUUUUCCCACCUGGGUUUUCUCGAGAACUCAUGAAAGUAUCGAAUCCGGCCACUGAGCCCAUCGGGCAAAACAUCAUCAAACUCAUCAGCAAUCUCUGUUUCUCAGUUUUUGUCUUUUCGGUGCUUAUAAUUACUGUAAUUGCCAUCACCUACCAACCCCCAGAUCCAUGGCUGGAGUCAGCUCCGGCCUUAACAAAACUCUUCACCGAUUCCGAGAACGCCACUUUCAAAGAUGACAACUCUGUCCUCACAACCGGCGAGGAUUUACCUCUUGCCCCCGCCGUGGCCCCGGUUUCUUCGGGUUUUGCAGUCAUUACGGAGUCUGUGAUUGCGAAAGCCGAGGCCAAGGUCUCUAAUUCGACCAAUUCGACCCUGUCGGACGGGUUGAAUUGUGAGGAUUUGGAGCGAGUGAAUUGCUCUGACCCACGGGCUUUGAUUGCGGUGGAGAGAUUUAAUUUGAGGUGGUUUAAGAACAUUGUGUUUUUGGAGUAUCAAACGCCGGUUAAUGGGUCGAAAGCGGAUGAAUGCGAUGUGUUGUGGAAGUUUAGGAACAAAAAGGAGAAGUCUUGGAGGAAGUAUAGGGAUUUUAGGAGGUUUAAGCUCGGAUUCGGGGUGAAUUGUACUUAUAAGGUGGUGCACGCCGGAAGGUGGCAUUCGGGUAUUAAUGCGAGGAGAGCGAGCAGGAUUAGUAGUAAUGGCACCAGGGGUGGUGGGAAGGCUAGAAUCACCCCACCAGUUCGUGAUGAACAGAUCAAUGAUACGAUCCCUAGCUUGGGAUCGGAUAAGAAUUUUAGGAGGGGGAGGUACUUGUACUAUUCGCGCGGAGGGGAUUAUUGCAAGGGGAUGAACCAGUUCCAAUGGAGUUUCUUGUGUGGUUUAGGUGAGGCUAUGUAUUUGAACAGGACAUUUGUGAUGGAUUUGAGUGUCUGCUUGGCGGGGAGUUAUACUCUGAGUAAUAAAGAUGAGGAAGGGAAAGAUUUUCGGUAUUACUUUGAUUAUGAACAUCUCAAGGAAACCGCCUCAAUUGUGGAUGAGGAUGAAUUUCUGCGGGAUUGGAAGAAGUGGGAUCGGAUCCAUAAGAGGAAAGUGCCCAUUAAGAAGGUCGCAAGCCAUAAGGUGAUGCCAAUGCAGCUCAAGAAAGAGAGGAGCACUAUUAUAUGGAGGCAGUUUGAUGGUCCGGAGCCAGAAAAUUACUGGUACAGGGUGUGUGAAGGACAGGCUGCUAAGUACGUUCAGAGGCCGUGGCAUGCCUUGUGGAAAUCGAAGAGAUUGAUGAAUAUUGUUACGGAGAUCAGCGGGCGGAUGGACUGGGAUUUUGAUGCUGUUCAUGUUGUGCGAGGAGAGAAGGCGCAGAAUAAGCAGCUUUGGCCUCACCUUGAUUAUGAUACGUCCCCAGACAUGCUUCUUAACAAGGUCAAGACGAUGGUGCAGCCUUGGAGGAAUCUGUAUAUAGCCACUAACGAACGGUUCUACAAUUACUUUGAUAAACUGAGGUCUCAGUACAAAGUUCAUUUGCUUGAUGACUACAAAGAACUUUGGAGUAACACGAGUGAGUGGUACAAUGAGACUAGCAAUUUAAACAACGGGCGACCAGUUGAGUUCGAUGGAUACAUGAGGGUUGAAGUGGAUACUGAGGUUCUUUACAGGGCAAAGACGCGUGUGGAAACAUUCUAUAAUUUGACGGCAGAUUGCAAGGACGGAAUCAACACAUGCUGACCAGGUUGGAGAAACAUCUAGUUCCCUAUUCCAUAUUUUGAUUCACUUUUCGAAUGAUACAGUUGAAUUCGUGUGAGGCUUAUUGCUGUUAUUUGCUUGUUCUUCUUUUAUAUUGGAUGUUGGAAUUUCUUAUCGAUCACAGCAAAGUCUAUAUAUGUUGUAUUAUAGAUUCAACUCAUUUUGUUUUUCACAUCAAUUUUAUCUCUUACAAGUUGUAGUUGAUUCCAUUGAACAAAAAAUUGAAUUGAAAAGUGGAGUCGAAGGUUUA